AUGAACGCGGCGGCGGCGCGGAAGGCCGCGGGCGGCGGCAUGGCGCGCGCGCCGGCGCUGGUACUAGCGCUGGUGGCGGCCGGGGCGUUCCUGAUCUCCUACAACUUCUUCGCCAUGCUGUUCCGCGGCGGCGCCGGCGGCGGAAUAGGCGCGGCGGCGUCCGCGGGGACGAGGGACCCUGUGGUGGCCAUGCCGGCGUGGAUGCGCGAGGCAGCGGACACCGAGGCGCGGCGGCGGCCGUUCCAUGUGGCGCUCACGGCCACGGACGCGCCCUACAGCCGGUGGCAGUGCCGAGUCAUGUACUUCUGGUACAAGCGAAUGCAGGCGCGGCCGGGAGGGGAGGCCAUGGGCGGCUUCACGCGCGUGCUGCACUCCGGGAAGCCCGACGGGCUCAUGGACGAGAUCCCCACCUUCGUCGUCGACCCGCUGCCCGCUGGCAAGGACCAUGGAUAUGUGGUCCUGAACAGACCGUGGGCAUUUGUGCAGUGGCUUCAGAAAGCAAGGAUUGAAGAAGAGUACAUACUAAUGGCAGAACCAGAUCAUAUAUUUGUGAAACCUUUACCAAAUUUGGCCCUUGACAAUGAUCCAGCAGCAUUCCCCUUUUUUUACAUUACACCAUCAAAACAUGAAAAAAUUAUCAGGAAAUACUAUGCUAAAGAAAGAGGCCCCGUCACAGAUAUCGAUCCUAUUGGGAAUUCUCCUGUAAUCAUUAAGAAGACACUUCUUGAGAAGAUUGCCCCCACAUGGAUGAAUGUGUCAAUUCAAAUGAAAGAGGAUAAAGAGACAGAUAAAAUUUUUGGAUGGGUGUUGGAAAUGUAUGCAUACGCUGUUGCUAGCGCAUUGCAUGGGGUUCAGCAUAUCCUUCGUAAAGAUUUCAUGAUCCAGCCACCCUUUGAUACAAGGCUCGGGAAUACAUUUAUAAUCCACUUUACUUAUGGAUGCGACUAUUCACUAAAGGGUGAAUUGACCUAUGGGAAAGUUGGUGAAUGGCGAUUUGACAAAAGAUCAUUCCCAGAUAGGCCACCACCAAGAAAUCUUACAUUGCCCCCUCCUGGAGUCCCAGAAAGUGUGGUUACUCUAGUAAAAAUGGUCAAUGAAGCUAGUGCAAACCUGCCUCGGUGGGAUGAUGGAAUAUAA